AUGGCAAAGCCGCAAGGGCGACGGGCCGAGGGCCCCGAGGGCGUGUCUACCGGGCUGAUGAUCGGCUGCCUGAUCUACCCCGACGGCUGGGACUCGAGCGAGGUGAAGCGCCUGUGCGGGGACAAGACGGACAAGUACACGCUGGGCGCCUGCACCGUGCGCUGGGCGUACAUCCUCUGCAUCAUCGGCAUCCUCGACGCUCUCAUACUCUCCUUCCUGGCCUUUGUGUUGGGGAACCGGCAGGACCACCUCCUCCCGUCUGAUUUUAAAGUGGAAAAUAAAGUCGCAGGCAUUAAAGUAGAAAAGGUCACAGAGUUCAGAAACUAUUCUGACUAUCUGGGCACAGGGAAGGAAAACAGUAAAGGGACAGGGCACUUUGGAUGA